CUCCCACUUGCUUACUCCGCUUUACUCAAGAAGGCCAGGGACUGCAUUUCCCGGCAUGCAAAGCGGAAUAACCCGGGCGCUGCGGCCUUAAAGGGCCAGCACAGGCGGAAGUGGCUCCAAAGCUCAGCAAGGAGGCCCAGGCACAGAUGGACAGAUGAACAGAUGGCGGCCGAAGGGGUCGACUGGACAGUGGUGGCCCUCACCUGCCAGCACAAGGACAGUGCCUCCGCCUUCCAGAAAGAACUGGAGGUGCGCCGCGCCAGAGGCUUCCUGGGCCAGAACCCCAUUCUGCUGACCGUUGAAGAUCCCAAAGUCCAGGUGGGCAGCGGAGGGGCCACCCUCAAUGCCCUACUUGUGGCAGCUGAACAUCUGAGCGCACGAGCUGGGCACACGGUGGUCACCUCCGAUGUCUUGCAAAACGCUUGGAUCCUCAUCCUGCACAUGGGUCGGGACUUUUCCUUCGACGACUGCAGCCGGGCCUUUACCUGCCUGCCUUUGGAGGACCCUUCUGCCCCGGUGGAGGCCCUCACCUGCAACCUGGACAACCUCCUGGCCACCUUGACAUGCCAGAUCUGCAAGGGCUCCCCACCCGGCGUCUGGGUUUGCAGCACCGACAUGCUGCUCACGGUGCCUUCGGUGCCCAAGAUUGACUGGCACGGCUUCACAGGUGCCAGGGUUGUUGCGAUGCCCGGCAGCUUCUCCUACGCCAAGCAGCACGGUGUCUACCUGGCGGACGGGCAGGGGUUUGUGCAAGACAUCAUCUACCAAGGCUCCGAAGACCAGAUCCAGCGGUGUGUGGGCUCCGAUGGGAAGGUCCCACUGGUGUCCGGCAUUGUCUUCUUCUCCUCCGAAGCGGCAGAGCAGCUCCUGGCCACCCACGUCAUCCCCCCGCUCAAUGCCUGCACCUACCUGGGCCUGGACUCAGGGGCCCCUCCAAUCCAGCUCUCCCUCUUCUUCGACAUCCUUCUCUCCAUGGCCCGCGGAGUGAGCGAGGAGGCUUUCGUGAAUGGACUCGGUCCUCGGACCGGUGGCAGUGGAGACAACACCCAGAGCGAGGCAGCUCUCUGGAGCGCCCGGGCCGUGCUGUGGAAGACCCUGCACACCAUGCCCCUGAUCAUGGCCUACGUCCCUGACGGCAGCUACGACUACAUGACUUCUUCUGCCAGCGACCACAUCCUCCACCUCACGACUUCCGUCGGAAACGCCCACGGUGGCUCUUUCAGCAAAGUAGCUCAUUCCCAUGUGGAGGAGCCUGGGCUGCUGGAGGAGGGCUGCUCCGUCACCAACAGCCUCUUGGAGGGAGCGGUGUCCGUGGGGCCCGGGACGGCCAUCCAGCACUGCUGCUUGAAGGGCCCCUUGCAGAUCCACUCUGGCUGCCUCCUGACCGGGCUGGACGGGGACUCCUCAGAGGCCCUGCGGGGCCACCACCUGAAGGACGUGGUCAUCCAAGGCCAUGCCGUCCGGCUGAAGGGCCUCUCCUGCAAGGUCUUCACCCUGAGCGGCCGCCACGACCGGUGGGAGAGCCUGGCGGAAGAAGACGGCACCUACCUGAAUGCCCGAUGGUCCGACUUGUUCCUCAGAACCGGAAUCAGGAGAGAAGACCUCUGGAGCGGCGAUGUCCUACCCGGACGCGGCUGCCUGCUGAAUGCGCACCUCUUCCCGGUGCUUCACGCCUCGGAGGCCCUGUCACUGGGGGACCUGCUGUGGCUGCUGGGGGGGACCCCGGGGCCCGGGCAACUACAGCUCUGGCGAGGGGCCUGGCGCCUGUCCUGGGAGGAGCUGCGGACCGGCCUGGACCAGGAGGCGGAGCUGGCCGCACGGGCUGACCUCUUCUUCCGCCAGGCGCAGUGCAAGAUCCGCAGCACCCUGCAAGAGGGUGGUGGGGCCAGUCUUCGCCCGCUUCUGCACUCGGCUGCCCUGGAGGGCCACCAGAAGACCAUGCUGGACGCGCUGGACGAUGUGGCCUCCUGUGCCGGAGACCCCCGCGUGUGUGCCCGGGCCCUGUCCUGCGUGGCCGACCUCCUGUCCUGCCUUGCCAAGGGCGAGGGGGGCCUGCGCAGUGGUCCGGCCGCCAACCCCGCCUGGGCCCCCGCCUUCCGGCUCCUGGAGCAGGGCCGCCUCUCGGAGGGCGUCCGGGCCCUGGCCGCACAGAGGAAGAACUGGCUGCACAGGCCGGUGCUGCUGGUCCGUGCCGCCCGGCACUACGAGGGCGCAGCACAAAUCCUGAUCCGCCAGGCCGUGAUGUCCUCCUGCCAGUUUGUGCGCCUCCAGCCAGUGCCGCUUCCCCCCUUGGGCUGCUGGGUGACGGCGGAGUGCCCUGCGCGCAUUGACCUCUCCGGCGGCUGGAGCGACACCCCCCCGAUCUCCUAUGAGCAUGGGGGGGCCGUGGUGUGCGCGGCGGUGCUGGUGGACGGGCAGAGGCCCAUCGGGGCCCAGGUGCGGCGCCGGGCGGAACCAGAGCUGCGCAUGAUGAGCGCCAGCGGGAGCCUGGAGGGGGAGCUGGUGCUCGACCUGCUCUGCCGGGAGCUGGAGGACCUGCGCGACUACUGCCAGCCCCAGGCCCCCGGAGCCCUGCUGAAGGCCGCCUUCGUCUGCACGCAGGUGGUGGAUCUCUGCUCUCCGAAGUCCUUGUCGGAGCAGCUGAUGGAGCGCUUUGGGGGAGGCUUCGAGCUCCACACUUGGUCCCGCCUGCCCCAUGGGUCGGGGAUGGGCACCAGCAGCAUCCUGGCGGGCGCCGUGAUGGCAGCCUUGUACCGGGCGUCUGGGCGCUCCGCCUCUGUCGACUCCCUGGUCCACGCCGUCUUGCACUUGGAGCAGGUCCUCACCACAGGUGGUGGUUGGCAGGACCAGGUGGGUGGCCUGUUUCCGGGCCUGAAGACGGGGCGCUCGGAGGCCCGGCUGCCUCUGAAGGUGGAGGUGGAGCCGAUCCAGGCCCCGGAGGGCUUUGUGGAGACCCUGAGCGACCACCUCCUCCUCCUCUACACGGGGAAGACCCGCCUCGCCCGCAACCUGCUCCAGGACGUCCUCAGGAACUGGUAUGCGCGGCUGCCCAGCAUCGUGCAGAACGCCGACGCCUUGGUGGACAACGCAGAGGAAUGCGCCCAGGCUUUGAAGCAAGGCGACCUGGCUCUCCUGGGCAAGUGCCUUAACCGUUACUGGGGGCAGAAGAAGCAGAUGGCUCCAGGGUGUGAGCCUCUGGCCGUGCGGCGCAUGAUGGAGGUGCUGGAGCCACUGGUCCUUGGCCAGAGCCUGACUGGGGCAGGAGGCGGGGGCUUCCUCUGCGUUUUGACACGCGAACCCCGGCAGCAGGAACGCCUGACCAAGGUCCUGGCAAAGGCCCAGGGCCUGGCCAACGUCAGCAUCCACAGGGUGGAGGUGGACACAGGUGGCAUCCAGGUGCGCAUUCAGGGGCAGGAGGACGGCAUUGUCCGGCCGAUGGAACGGUUGCUUGUUCAGGAUGGCCAGGCCCCGGCGCUCUCUCCAGAGUGACCACAGCAGAGAUUGCAAGCCGCCUUCUGCCACCUGGGCUGAACAGAAGGUGAAGUAGAGCGGUGGCGAUGUUCCUUUAAAAUGGGUUGUAGGUAAGGGAGAAGAUGCACUGGCUUUAGUCCAGAGUUGGUCUGUGGAUCUGCACCAAGCCAGCCUUGGGUUUCUCACCUGCAUCUGAGCCCCAUUGGCUCCUGAAUUAAACGGAAAGAAGCACCGUGUUUUCAUCAGUGCUUCAAAGGAGAGCCAUGUCAAACAGAAAAAGGUAAACCAGGGAGCAAACCAGCACAAAGAGCCUCUUUCUCAGAGUUUUAUUUCAUGUGUCACAAUGCAAGAGGCCAGUUGGGAUCGGGUCUUCUAUUCUGAGGGCUAUACCACGUCCUUUUAGCACAGACAUGGGCCAACUUCAGCUCUCCCUCCAGGUAUUUUGGACGUCAACUUCCACAAUUCCAAAUAGUCAACAGGCUGUUAGGAAUUGUGGGAGUUGUAGUCCAAAACAUUUGGAGGACCAAAGUUUGGAGGGCAGAAGGGUUGGCAAAUAGGGAUUGCACUUCUGAGGAGGUGGGAAAUGCUGGGUGUGUAUUGGAUCUAAAAGGACGUGAAAUCAAAACAGAAUGUCCAAAAUAAAAGAUAACAUUUGCACCUCUUGCUUGUGCAAAAGCUCUGCAGAAGUCUCUCAAGUUCCUGUCAUUGGUCGUAUAUUUCAAUCUGACCUAGUUGCCUUUUGUGGCAGAAACGUAUCUCUUGCGACUCAAGGGAUGCCACUCUCUUUAGAGACACAGACAAGGGCAAAUCUAAAGAAGCCACAAUAAAUAUGCGUUCAAAUACAA